CUGAGAAAGACCCAAUAUUUGACAUCUACAAGUCUUUCAUAAAACAAACAAAAGAGGAAAGUAUCAUCAAUAUUUGUGAAUCUCAGGGCAUUUAUGAAAAAUGGCGUGAGCUUGUACAAGAAAAGUGUGACUCUGACCCACUGGGUCAGAGUCACACUGGGUCAACACAUUGGGUCAACACAUUGGAUCAAUGUGUUGGGUCAACACAUUGACCCACUAUCUAUAUAUGAGCUGACCCUCAGUGAGGUCAAUGGAACCAUAAUGGCACUGGGACCAUUCAAUCAGUCGUCUGAAAGGUUGCUUCCCUCUUCUGGUUCUAGUUUUGUUGUUCUAAAGCAGAAGGAUGAAGACUUAUUAACAGCUCUGGAUAUUUUGUGUCUGAAUCAGUGUGAAAAAACAAUUGAUGAAAACAGUUCAGAGUUUCAUGACCACAGAAUCAGAGUUGAGGAGGAAUUCUACAAAGGAGGCAAAGUCAAAUGGUGGAACUUCUACUUCUGUGACAAAGACAAAGAGAAGCCAUUUGUUAAACGGGACAAGUAUGAAAAUGUGAAGAAGAUGAUUAGGUCUCAGUUGAAGGAUUCCAAAAACAUGUGUGCUCUACUCAAUCUGUUUCACCAUCCAGGCUGUGGAGGUACCACUCUGGCAAUGCAUGUGAUGUGGGAUCUCCGUCAAGAGUUCAGGUGUGCUGUGCUGAAAGACAACACACUGUCAAAGAAAGAAGUUGCCAUUCAAGUCAGUACGCUCAUGAAACUUGAAAGUGAGAAACCAUCUCCAGUUUUACUGUUAGUCGAUGAUUCAAAAGAAACUGAGAAUCCUCACGAACUGGUGAACUGCAUACAUAAAGCAGUAGAGGAUGGCUUAAACAUGAAUGUGGGUGACGCACCAAACUGCAAAGUCAUCAUCCUUAACUGUGUUCGUUCCCAUAGCCCACAGGAGCAAUACAAACAGCACAACACAGGACCAAGUCAAUUCAUAACUGCUUCAUUGACACAAGAAGAACAGAAGGAGUUUGAAAAAAAACUCAGAGAGCUUAAAGAAACUCAUGAAAAACCUGAAAACUUUUACAGCUUCAUGAUCAUGAAGAGCAAUUUUGACAAGAAAUACAUCAAGGAUCUUGCUCGUAACAUGUUGGAGAAUUUUGAUUACAGCUCAAAGAAGGCCAGGCUGUUUGCCUUCCUAGCGUUACUUAACACCUAUGUGCCAGAAUCUGAAAUCUCUCUCUCCCUCUGUCAAGACUUUUUGGGGAUGAAAAUGAUACAUUGGAGUGGGGACAGCGUAAUGGGCAGAAUGGAGCCCUAUUCAAACUUCCUCAUUAUUGACACAGUUGAAGACUUGGGAGGAUACAAAGGAAUCCGAAUCCUUCAUCACUCCAUAGCAUCUGCGUGUCUGGAAGAGUUGGAGAGAAGCUACUCUUUAAGAGUAAGUGAUAUCACUAUGGAGAUGCUUCACUGUGAUCUGUUCUUCAGUGUUGGAGUUGUCAAACACAGGUUCAUGCGCUCAAUUCAACAAAUGUUGAUUGAAAGGCAGCGCAAGAAAGCUGGAGAUGAGAGAGAAACAUUUUCUCCUCUCAUAGGCAAAAUCCACAAUGAUCAAGGGAGACAAACUGUCCAAAAAAUCUUUGUGAAAGCAUCGUCCAGGUUGGUGACAAGUGCAUCUAUUCCUCAGGCACUGGCGAGAUAUCUAUACAUCGUGGAGUGUGACUUCCCGGAGGCUCUGCAAUGGGCUGAAAAGGCCAAGAACAUCAAACAACACCCCUACACAUUUGAUACAAUUGGGCAGAUUCACAAAAGUAAUUUAAAAUCUAACAACAGAGAAAAGCAGGAGACAUCCCGCAAUCCAGAAGACUUAAACACAAACAUUCAAAUUGCAAAUUAUGCUAUCGCAGCAUUUAAAAGUGCUCAAGAGCUGGCAAAUGAAGAGGACGAACCUGACACAGAAGCUGCUGAUGAUAAGUCGGAAGACUACCCCAGAAAGUCAUAUAAUGUUGCUGGCUAUGUGGGUGUGCUGGAUAUUGCCUUCCUGGUCUUUGAGAUAUUGAGCAGAUUGCCGUUCUUUGAGGAAAGUGACCCAAUGAACAAGAGGUAUUUGCAGAGUUUUCUGAAAAAAUCGAUCUCAAUCACCAGUGUGCAUAAGGAGGACAAUGUCAUCAACAACAGAUAUGUGGAGAUCAUCAAAGAACACAAGCAGUUUCUCCAGAGUUUAAAAACUGAAGUAAAAGAAAUUUUCGAACUUCUUGUCUUUUACUUCACAAAUAUAAAAGCAAACACUUCUAAAUCAGAUUUUCGUGCAAUUGUCAGUGCUCUUUUUAUAAAGUAUGUAGCUCUUUUUUGCACAACUUCAGAAGAAAUGAAAAACGAACGACAAUGCAAUCCUCGUCUCAAUUUGGAAAUCGAUAUUGAAGAACGAAGAUUGUUUCUUGAAGAGCAAAAUGCAGAUACAUUUGCAGGAAUUCUUCAACAUUUGGACAAUGCUGACAAAGAGAUUGAGAGGAUCACAGAAUGCUAUGCAUUUUUGCAACAAAAACAAAAGACAAAGGAAACAAUCAAUUACAUUUUGUCAAACAUAGUUCUUUACCUUUUGAAACGAAAAUCUAAACAUGUAAAGAGUUACCGCUACCUCUCUGAUCUACUUUUGAAAACUCUCCAAGAAGUAGGACUUCAGUAUCCCUUCCCAGAUCCAUACUACCUGGCUCUGCUGUUACUCUGGCCAAGUCCUGGGCAGGAAAACACAGCAAUUGAGACAUAUGUGAGAGCAAUUCGAAAAUCGAAACGCCUGAUUUUAUCAUUUCGAAUAAGAAACACUAUUGCCCACCUCUACCUGGGGAAAGAAGAGGGACUCAAAAGGCUUGUUUCUAAACACCAACUAGAUGAGAAUUUUAGAGAUAUGCGCCGUGACACCUUGGCUCAACUUUGGCGGAAUGGAGAUAUAUUUAAAAAAGAAGCAAUUAUCAACCGCCUUCACCGCGUCAGUGGAACCACUGAACAAGGAGAGGUGUUUGCCAAUUAUGGCAAAGUGAAAAUCCCUGUGCGUCCAGCUUUAAUUGCUGGUAUAAGAAGUGGUGCGAGCACAGAAAAGGUUACUUUCUACCUUGGUUUUGCUAUUAAUGGACCCCUGGCAUAUGAUAUCCAGUAUGAAAACUAGGGUAGCUGAUUGUACAAACAAUUGCAUCGGAAGUGCAAAGAGAUGAACUAACUGUACAGUGAGAAAAAAAUCUGUGAACUGAUCAAAGUCCAUGUGAAUGGAACUGAAUCCGUCUCUUCUCCUCAGCCUUCACCUCCCAAAAACUGUACUCCUUCUGCGGAACAGAAGGAGUACAGAUGUGAAAAAAGUUCACAUCUCUGUCCAAUCUUUAAGCUCACUUAUUGAAUGACAAUAAGAAGAUUCCUUUACAUCUCCUCGGACUUCUCAUCGGAAUUUCAAACACAUCUCAUAAUGAGCAUUUGAUAAUGAGACACAUUGCCGUGUUAAAUGGAACACCUGUAGCUCAAUACAGCUGCAUACAGUAUAUACUGUUCGUUUUUAUAUUCUUUUCAUGAAAUCUAAUCUUUUAUUAACAUGUAUUAUCUAUCUUUUGAGGAGUAUUUGUUGUUUUGUUUUUGUUGUCUCUUGCAGAUGUGGCAUAUUUGCCAAACCAUCUCCUAUUCAUUUAUUUGAAAGUGCAAAUAUCAUAAUACAGAAGUUAAGCUGAGCUCAUUUUUGUACAAACAGCUGACUCAUGAACUGUACCUUUUGAGAAAUAUGUGUGGCAGCCAGUGAGUCACUGUGAUGGACUUUUAAACACACCUCAUAAAAGCCCAUGAGUGUUUUAUAAUCAGACAGAUAACAGGGUUAAGUAUCCUGUAGCUCAUAUAUAGCUGCAUAUGUACUGUUAAUUAUAUUCUUUUUAUGCAUCUUAUCUUUUAUUUACAUUUAUCAUCCACUUUCUGAAGUUUUUUUAUGUCUCUUACAGAUGCGACUCAUUUGCUAAAUGUAAGCGUAGCUCAUUUUUGUACAAACAAGUGCAACACAAGCACAAAAUAAACUCUUGCUCAUUUUCUCAAAGAAAUAGAAAACCCAGCUGAGAACCAUUGAUCUCGCCCUCAAUCAUUUUUGUAGUUUUGUUUGACUGUACCCUAUAACACCUUUAUAAACAUUAUUGAACAAGUUAACGUGAAAUUAAUCUUGUGUGACAAAUGCGUUGUUGGUUUUCUGUAAGGACAGGAUUUUGCCAGAAAUGGUUUGUGAACUGUAAAUGUAUCCGGGGUGUGACCACACAACCCAUAAUACUAAACUAUGAUUUGCUGUUUGCCCUCUCAGAGGCGGGACAUCCAUGUGUAUGUUGUUGCUGUAAGAUACUGUAAUGUGAGUAAAUAUUGUAGAUAUGAGUAUUACAAUUAUAAAUGGUAAAUUAAUGUUAUUUGACGUGUGUGUGAGCACAAAUGUACUUCAUGCCACAUUACUGCUUGAGUCAGUGCCCAACUUCAGCCACUACUGUCAAAAGAGUCUGGACAUGCCACUGAUAUGCAUGUAUAAUCCUAAACUAUGCAAUAAAAAAUAUCUUAUUUACA